AUGCGUGUUGCCAUCAUUGGAGCCGGACCAGGAGGCCUGGUCACGCUGAAGUACCUCCUCCAAGCUAAUCAGAACUUCAACAUCGAACCCGUCGAGGCCAGACUCUUCGAAGCCAAAGAUGGCAUUGGAGGUACCUUCCGCUACCGCGCCUAUCCAGAAGGCGAGAUGGUGUCUUCCAAGUUCUUGACCACUUUCUCGGAUUAUAGGAUACCACCAGAGCGAACUGAUUGUGGUGACUUUCUCACUCUCGGUCAAUACGUCGAGUACCUGGAAGGCUAUUGCGAUCAUUUCAACUUGCGACCACAUAUCGAGCUCAAUACCCCAGUGACGAAUGUACGACGCGCCAAAGGUGGCAAAGGUCAUAUUGUGACCUAUUCAUCCCCAGAUGGGACCAGUGCGGAAUGGGCUUGCGAUGCCGUUGCAGUGUGUUCAGGGCUACACGUGGAUGCUGUGGCGCCCAGCAUUCCUGGCAUCGAGAAGGUACCCACUGUCAUCCACUCCUCCCAAUAUAAAGGGCGGGAGAUAUUCACCGAGGGCAGCAAUGUCGUGAUCCUUGGUGUAGGAGAAACGGCGAUGGACAUGGCAUAUUUUGCUGUGACUUCUCCCACAAAUUCGGUAACACUUUGUCAUCGAAAUGGGUUCGUCCUGGCACCCAAGCAUGUGGAGCGCUUCGUCGUCAUGGGCAAAAGGGAAGACGAGUACAAUCCGUCGCCAAUUGACACCAACUGGAAUUGCCUUUUUGACACUGCCUAUGCGCACCCGAAACUGAGGAACUCCCGGUGGCAAUGGGUAUUCUAUGACUGGUGGACGAAAGGCGCAUGGAUUCUGCUGAACAAUACCCGAUAUGGGUACGGCCAGCAUGCGGGAAUCAUUAAGGGCUACCACAUGUCCGAGGUCCUCUUUGUGAAGUCGACCAAAGUCCAGCCGUAUUUCGACAGACGCUACAUCAAAGACAGCAGGCUCAGGCGAUUCAUGGAACGCAUCAUUGACCUGCCGCGGGUCGACACGAAGGGUCACACCAUCGAUUUUGCGCCAUUUCCGGAGUAUAUUGACGACGAGGGUGUGAUCCAUUUCCACAAGAAUGAUACGCAGGAGUCGAAGUACAUUGAGACCAGGAAGAUCAAGCCGGACGUUGUCAUCUAUGCGACCGGCUAUCGUCAUUUGACAUUCCCAUUCUUGAGUGAAGGAUAUCCUCACUCUAACGAAGCCGAUGUUCGUGCUCUGUGGAAGGACGGCGACGAGACCGUUGGCUUCAUUGGCUUCGUCCGGCCACAGCUCGGAGCAAUUCCGCCCCUCGCCGAGUUUCAGGCUCAGCUCUGGACCCUUCGAAUCCUCAACCUUCUUCCGGAGGCAAACUUACGAUCCUUGUCUCCAGAACUGAAUCCUGACGUGGAGGAGUGGUACAAAUUGAAGACAAAGCCUGAAGCGCGUGUCCAACAUGGAGUGGAUCAUGAAUCCUAUGCCUACCAACUGGCUCUCGAUAUGGGCUCUGCACCAUCCGCUACCCAGGUGCUGAAGCGUGGAUGGAAAGUGUUCAUUGUGUGGGCAUGCGGUGCGAAUAUGAACACCAAGUUCCGACUGGUUGGCCCGUGGCGGUGGGAAGGAGCAGAACCAAUGAUGAAGGGAGAGAUGUGGGAAUUGAUUAAGAGGCGACCAGUUGUCUGGGGACAUGUUUUGCUCAACGCUCUCCCCAUGUCCAUUUUCGGACCACUGAGUCUGUGCUAUUGGAUCUACUAUACGUUCUUCAACCCUGUCCUGGGCAGGCUGGGUCUCUCAAGGUGGCGGAGAAAUGCCCGCCGCAAGGGUUACAGCGAGCUGCCCUAG